AUGUUUACGCAACAAGGUUUAUAUUAUAUUCUUUAUAGUCUGUCUCUUAACGUAUGGGCUCCAGCUAAUGCAACUAAGAACUCUUCACUUCCAGUGAAAGUUUGGAUUUAUGGUGGAGGUGGUUAUAUAGUCUCGAGCUCUGAUCCUCUAUAUAAUGGAUGUGCAAUAGCUACAAACGCAAUCGUCGUUUCAAUGAAUUAUAGACUCGGUCCUCUCGGCUGGCUCACUUUGGGAGCACCGUUAAAUUUUACAGGCAACUACGGUGUUCUUGAUGUUCUCAUGGCAUUGCAAUGGAUUCAAGAAAAUAUCGCUUCAUUUGGUGGCAAUAAUGUAUGA